GUGUUUCUUGGGUUAAGAAUUACUGUAAAGUAUAAAACAUGGAGACAAGCACAUCCGGCCAUGGGCUGGACAUCGAGCGCUUGAUAGCGGAAGUUAAGAAGCGGCCCGUUUUAUACGACAAAAAAUGCUCGACUUAUCGAAGAGCCAGCGUUACAGAACUGGCGUGGACCGGCAUUGCCGAAGCGGUAAAUAUGAAAGUUGAAUCUUGCAAAAAGCGCUGGAAAAGCUUGAGAGACAAUUUCAUCAAACACUACCGGAUGGAAAUGCAACCUAACCAACAGCAGUCACAAGCGGUUCGAAGAUUGUGGCCCUACUAUGAGAGGCUACUAUUCUUGCGAGACCACGUCGAGGUGUACCGUUUGAAGAUGAUGGACGGUAGCAAAUGGGAAAGCAGGCCCGCUUCACCGGACAUGACCGUCCAGAAGGUCGAAGAAGCGUCCAACGAAUCCAUCUACGACGAAUCUCAGCCAGAGUACUACGAAAUUGACGAAGAAAUGGCGAUGACGAUGGUUGAUUUGGACGAGCAGAAUGUUCAAGAACUGCAAUCCGAAGAGGCUUCUUCGGCGCCUCGCAAGCGACCCUCUACCAGAAAAACAAGUGAAACGUGUGGCUUCGAGGCGGAACAUCCACAACCGAUCGUCGAUCCGGACGAACGGUUCUUGCUGAGCUGUGCACCGGUGUUGCAGAGGUUAUCGAAAAAGAAGAAUGCCCUCGUACGGCUCAAGAUACAGCAACUACUGUACCAGGUGGAGUUCGAAAAUGAAGACACUGAGCAAGCGCCGGAAGUGGCCGUCAUCAAGAAGCGGGCUUAUAAUUAA